CGCGGACAAGUGACUUGAGAAACCCUCGAAAGUCGAGUGGGUGUUGAUAGUGUGACCGAUUCAGCGCAAUGGAUGUUGUGUACACUUUCGGGCAUAGCGUUGACGUAGACGGCGAUGAAUGGAUCGAUCUGGGGCCAUUACGUACGGCGUGUGACGUGGCCGCUUCGCCAAUGGUGAGUCCGGGAGCUGCGGUGAAUGACGAAGUCAUCAACAACCCGUUCUCUCUUCAGGCGGUAACUGAACCAGACGCUGAACCAGAACAGCCAAAGGCAGACCUCAAGAAGGAGAACCAGCUGAACCCGGAGAAGAUUGAAGCUGACCCCAUAGGCUCGUGUCUACCAACUCCAGCUCCUGUCAGCGCCUCCAUGUCGAAAGCCGCGAGAUCGAAAGAGGAUCUAAUGGCUUUCUACCUAGGCCGAGCGAAGCAAAUGGAAGCAAAACACAAGAAGAUAAUAGUUUCACCGACGCAGCCUACAGCUAUCCACUCUGUUCAGAAUUCUGAGCGUCCAGCACGUAUCGGGAUCUAAACCAAUCAACUUGCCGGCUAAACCAAUCAACUUGCCGGCUCACAGCUAGGAUACCCCACAAGACGAAUCUCAAUAGACCCUGCGUAUUACGUUUGCUAUUCCA